AUGAACGACAAGCACGGUGGUGGCUCCCUGACUGCCCUGCCCGUCAUUGAGACCCAGGGUGGUGAUGUGUCCGCCUACAUUCCCACCAACGUCAUUUCCAUUACCGACGGCCAGAUCUUCCUGGAGGCCGAGCUGUUCUACAAGGGUGUCCGACCUGCCAUCAACGUCGGUCUGUCCGUGUCUCGUGUCGGUUCCGCUGCCCAGCUCAAGGCCAUGAAGCAAGUCGCUGGUUCCCUGAAGCUCUUCUUGGCCCAGUACCGUGAGGUCGCCGCCUUCGCCCAGUUCGGUUCCGAUCUUGAUGCCGCCACCAAGCAGACCCUGAACCGUGGUGAGCGUUUGACCGAGCUCCUGAAGCAGAAGCAGUACUCUCCCAUGGCCGUCAACGAGAUGGUUCCCCUUAUCUUCGCCGGUGUCAAUGGUCACCUCGACACUGUCCCCGUCGACAAGAUCCUCCAGUGGGAGGCUGACUUCCUGUCCCACCUGAAGACCAACGAGUCCGACCUGCUUGCGACCAUUGACAAGGAGGGCGCUCUCUCCAAGGAGCUCGAGGGCCGCCUGAAGGACGUCAUCGUCAGCUUCACCAAGAGCUUCGUGGCUUAA